ACUGAACGAAUUGAACAGAAUCGAUUAGUUUUCAUCAUCAAUUUUCAUGUCAUGAUAACUGGAAGAUAAAAGAGAGAGAAGGAGAGAAACUUGGAAUAGAUAAAUUCAGACCUGAUGAGUCUCGUUCUUGAAACUAUAUCAUCAUUUUAUCCUCAUGUGAACACCAAGAAACUACAAAGUGAAUAAUAUAUAAAUUGUGAAAGAAAAGAAAAAGUAAUAAACAAGAAAAAGGAAGAAAAUAAAAAGUAACUCAAUCGAAGAACAAGAAAAACAACAACAACAAUCAAGAACAUUUCGACGAUUGACAAUCGAAAGUUCUAAGUUUGAAUGAGAAAGAAAGAGAGAAUUAGAAAUCGUCAACUCAAGAGAAACAAGUUAUUAAUAUAAAAACGAACAGAGAAUUGUCUAAAUUGAAGAUAAGCGAAAGUGAUCAAUCAGAAUUUUGUUAUUCGUUCCCAAAGCUUCAAAGUGAUAAAUCAAAAAACGAAAAAGUGUCCAAAAAAUUGAACCAACGGAGGCCAAGAAAAUCCAAGGAAAAUUCAACUAGAAUGUUAAUCUCUUAAUCCAGUUAAUCCAUUGAGAGAGAAAAAGUAAUGAUCUUCUCAUUUCCAUUUGAGAAAAACAAAAAAAAAAUGAUUAAUUGAUAUUCACUUUGUAAUAUAAACUGAGAAUUAAGUUAAUCAAUCCAAAUUGAAGAGAAUCAACUUUUUAAUCACAAUGAACUCACCAAAUUUAAUCCUACUCAUCGCUUCCUUGUUUACAUGUUACCAUGAAAUCGAUGCAAUCGAUUGUUUUAAAUGUGUUUCCAUCGAUGGUAAAAAUUCAUUAUGUGAAGAUCCUUUUCAUAACAAUUACUCAAGUGAAGUAUUGGAAUCACCAUGUUGGGCGGGAAGGAAAAAUCGUAACGGUAAAUUUCCAGCAUCCGCUUGUAUUAAAUUAAGCGGAACUUUUGAGAGUUCAGGUGUAUCCAUGGUGGUACGUGAUUGUGCACUGGACAGCGGCAGUUUGACCACCGACACCGAGUUGGUCAGAAUGUCCCAUUGUGGGGCAUUUUAUUUUGACGGUGAUUAUAUUUCGGGCUGCGUUCAAAGUUGCUUCGAAGAUGCUUGUAACAAUUCAAACAAAAUUAACUUUUCACUAUCAAUGUUACUCUCAUUUCUUUCAUUACCUUUAUUAAUUGUUAACAAUUUACAACUUCUUCCCAUUCCCAAUACAUAAAAACAAGUUAUCAUUUGAUGAUUUUCAUUUUAAAAUCCACCACCACCACAAUAAUAACAAUACAAACACAACUUAAAUAUUAAUGUUGAUCAGUUUUUGUCAAAUAUUAUCAAGAAAGAAAAACAAAUUUCAAGAAUUAAAUCAAAUUAAUGUUACUUGUUAUUAAUAAAAAUCAAAUAAAGGAAAACUUUUCAUCG